AAAAAGAAGAACAUGGCUUGCGUUACUAAUGUGAUUGAGAUUUUGUGUUUAUUUAUUUUGUUCGUCGUGGUCGCAAGUCGUCCGGACACGGGAAAGAACUUCGACGUCCGAACCUAUGGUGCCAAAGGCGACGGCAUAACUGAUAGUGCUAAUGCCUUCAUGAAAGCGUGGAAAGAUGCAUGCGCACAAAGUGGAAGCAGCAGAAUAUACAUACCGAGAGAAACGUUUUAUAUGAGUGAUGUAAGUUUCAAGGGACCAUGCAAAGGUAAAAUUGUUUUCUUCCUCAGUGGAACGUUACUGUCUCCAGUUAAUGCUAACAAAUUCAAACAAGAAGCCUGGAUCGAUUUCCAAUACGUCGAUAAUCUCGUAAUCUCCGGCGGCGGAACCAUCGACGGCCAAGGAAGUCACUCUUGGUCCUCCAAUAUGAAUGACUGUGGUGCUGGUGCAAUGAAUCGAAGACGUACCCCGAACAUGAAAUUCCAUUCCGUGACAAACUCAAGCCUCAUAGGACUAAAAUCACUCAACAGCAAAUCGGAGCAUUUGAGCAUCUACAGAGUCGAUCACUUCAACAUCACCGGCGUCAAUAUAACGGCUCCCGGAAACAGCCCCAACACGGACGGGAUCAAGAUCGGACAUUCCAAAAACAUGAAGAUUUGGGACAGUCACAUCGGCACUGGAGACGAUUGUAUUGCAAUCCUCUCGGGGAACAGUAAUUUCGACAUCCAUAACAUCACUUGUGGUCCAGGACAUGGAAUCAGUGUGGGAAGCUUGGGAAGGAACAAAGAAGAGAAGAACGUAGAGGGUUUUAGGGUUAGGGACACGGUUUUUACAGGGACAAGCGACGGUAUAAGGUUAAAGACAUGGGAAUCUUCGGUUUCGGAGAUCACCGUUUCGCAACUCUUGUACGAGAAUAUCCAGAUGGUUGAUGUCAAAUACCCUAUCAACAUCGAGCAAAACUAUUGUCCUUGUCCGCCAUGCCCUAAAUUGGGAGAUUCUCAUGUUCAAAUAAGAAACGUGACGUUGAAGAACAUUUGGGGAACGUCGAGGAACAAAGUGGCCGUGAAAAUGCAUUGUAGUAAAACAUUUCCAUGCAAAGAUAUCCAGCUAAUUGACAUCAACAUAACACACAAUGGACCUGGCGGCCCAGCAACGGCCUUGUGUGAGAACGUUAGAGGUUCUGCUCGUGGCAAGAUGGUUCCUCCGAGUUGUUUUAAGUGAUCUUGUCGUUUAUUGUAUUUGACUUACCUUCUAAAUUGGUGUAAAUGUGACUAUAUCAUAGAAGCCAAUU